AUGCCCCAGGAUUGCUUUGCUCAUGACAGCACUCUACAUGCAGGAAUUCAGACUGACAAAUCUAUUUUCAUUGUCGGAGUCCAGAUCACCGAGGACUUGAUCUGGCACGAACACAUUUUGAAAAAGCUAGAAUGCCUUGCUGAGUUACUGUCUGUUUUCUGCUACGAAGCGCCACAUCAGUCGACAAUUUCCCGGUGGUAUGGAGAAUUCAAACGUGGACGGGUGAGUCUUAGCGACGAUCCCAGGGUGGGUGCACCAAGAACGGCAGUCACCCAGGAAAACGUCGAUACUGUGCGCAAACUCAUCAUUGAAGAUAGACAUGUGACAUAUCGCGAGAUUGAGGCGUCCUUGAAGAUCUCAAAGACCUCAAUUCAAAAAAAUUUACACGAAGAAUUAGGAAUAAGAAAAUUAGUUUCUCGUUGGAUACCCCACCUCAUUAAUAGUGAAAAUAAACGACAGUCGGCUGUUUGGGUGUUCCAAGGUGAAGAAAAGCCAACAAAAGUCAUCCGUUCUCGAAGUGUUUCGAACAAGAUGGUCGCGACAUUUGUGUCAAAAGCGGGUCAUAUUGCAACAAUUCCUCUUAAUGAGCAAAGAACUUUUACUGCAGAUUGGUAUACCACCAUUUGUUUGCCAAAAGUCAUCACCGAGCUUCGAAAAAUCAACCCCGAAAGAAGAAUCAUCCUCCACCAAGACAAUGCAAGCUCGCACACAGCCCAAAAAACAAGGCAGUAUUUAACGGAAGAAAACGUGGAAUUAUUGGACCAUCCUCCAUAUCGUCCCGAUGUAAGUCCUAACGACGUCUUUACUUUCCCGAAAAUUAAAAACAGACUGCGUGAUGAAGCAGUUGACGCAUUCAAAAAUGCCGCUUUGGAUCUGCCAGCAAACGAGUGGAAUAAGUGCUUCGAAAAUUGGUUCGAGCGCAUGCAGAUGUGUAUUAAUCUUCAUGGUGAAAUUUUGAAUUGGUGCAGACAACGGUCACUCUGGGAUCAGGAAUGGAACAGUAUUGUCUUUAGUGACGAGUCUCGAUUUUGUUUAGGCAUGCACGAUGGUCGUGCCAGGUUUUUUGUUGAAAGACAUGUUCAUCACACUGUUGGAGUUAUGGUUUGGGGUGCUAUAGCUUAUGGUUCCAGGUCACCUUUAAUCUUCAUCAGAGGUAACAUGAACGCGCAGCGUUAUAUCCACGAAGUUCUAGAACCCCAUCUUUUACCCUAUCUUGACACCCUGGCAGAUCCAACUUUCCAACAAGAUAAUGCCCGACCACAUGUUGCAAGAGUCACAAUAGACUUCUUUCAACAUAAUGAUGUCACAUUGUUACCAUGGCCACCAAGAUCUCCCGACUUAUGCCCAAUUGAGCACGUGUGCGAUAUGAUGGCUGGGAGAUUGCUCAAUUUGCAACGUCCUCUUCAGACUCUAGAAGCACUUCGAGAGGAGUUGGUGGUUGCCUGGAAUGAGAUACCACAGGAGGACAUUGACCACCUGAUCAGAAGCAUGCCUAGGCGCGUUGGAGAAUGCGUAGCACAUCAGGGUGCAUCCACACAUUAUUAA